AUGUCCUUUCACAUCCAUUUUGUCUUCUGCCUUCAAUUUUCUUGGUCUACCCAGUACUUUAGAGAUGGCAGUGGGAGUGGGGACCACGCAAUCGAGGGAGACCUGACAAGGGCAUGUCGGCAAACAGCGAUCCUCGUCGAUAAUGAAGCGGAGGUCAUUCUCGCCUUCGACAUCCCAAGCGUCGUGAGAGGCACGAGCAAUGAAGGACUGGACAAAGUCAAUUCUGAGAUUAUCCGGUGGCUGAACGGGAAAGAAGAGAAAUAUAUGGUGUUUGUCUCCUUCGAAAGCGAAUACUUCUUGUCGGAGCCUCAGAGGAAGACACGUGUGAGAUCGCUCACGAACUGGAGGGUAGGGGAGAGGGGUUUGGUGGUCAAGGGUUGGGCCCCACAGGCGAAAAUCCUGCAACAUCCCAACAUCGGCGGCUUCAUCAGCCACUGCGGGUAG